AAGUGUCUGGACUGGAAGGGGGUGAAAUUGUCUGGACUGGAAGGGGGUGAAAGUGUCCGGACUGGAAGGAGGGGAAAGUGUCCGGACUGGAAGGGGGGUGAAAGUGUCCGGACUGGAAGGGGGGUGAAAGUGUCCGGACUGGAAGGGGGGGAAAGUGUCCGCACUGGAAGGAGGGGAAAGUGUCCGGACUGGAAGGGGGUGAAAGUGUCCGGACUGGAAGGAGGGGAAAGUGUCCGGACUGGAAGGGGGUGAAAGUGUCCGGACUGGAAGGGGGGGAAAGUGUCCGGACUGGAAGGGGGUGAAAGUGUCCGGACUGGAAGGGGGUGAAAGUGUCCGGAC